UGGCUGCUACACACACUACACUACAGGAGCUGCAAUAAGGAGCGAGGAAGCCUGACCUUGAGCGAAAAGAGAGAGGAGGAGGGACACAAUGGCGUUCAAGCAACUCCUAGCACUGGCGUGCCUCGUGGCCAGCUCGUUGGCCUUCGUAACCCCGAUGACGACUUUGCGGGCUCCUGCAACGACCUCCGCUCGAAGCACCGCCUCAGCUCGGGGUGGCGCACUCAUGUCUUGCAGGGUCAACGCGAAGAAGGAGAAGAGGACGCGUAACCGACUGAACAUGCGCAAGUUCAACAAGAGGGGUACCUCCAGAAAGAAAAUCCUACGCGUUGAGCGCCAGGAGCGCGCGGCGGAGGACGAGGCAGAGUUCCUCGCCAAGGUCUUCCACUCGGGCAUGGACGACUGGGAGGAGGUGGACAUCUUCAGCGAGUAGACUUGUAAUGGGAUUUAUUUCCUGCGUGUUUCGAACUGACUGUUAACUGACGAUGCUUGUUGUAUCUGAUGGUCUCGUCACACGUUUUUGGGGUUGUUGGUAGGGGGGAUCGCUAGAAGGCACGAAUAUUUUGACGCGCGGAGGCGGCGACGAUUUGAUCGGUCGAUUGGAGGAGUUGAUUAUUUUGGUCGAUCGAUGUCAUGAUUCGUUUACCGGCGAUACAAGAAAUGAUGAUCGGGGGUCUGGGGCAGGGGGAGGGACAACUGUCCUGGAACAGAGGGAGGGGCCUUUGAUUGGUGUUCCCAUGUCUUAAGAAGCACUACUGA